AAACACACGAAGAAGACGUACGAGGAGGAGGAAGAGGAGGAGGAAGUAGAAGACGAUAGAGGCUCGUUUGUUGCCGAGGCCUGCUGAUGUCAUACAUUGUAUUCUUUACUUUAUCCGGUCUGUACCUAGAAUAAAGUAAGAAUACAGACAAAUAUCGCAAGAUGCCUUUGCCUGUGCAAGUGUUUAACUUCCAGGGGUCUGUGGAACCCAUGCAGAUUGAUGCAGAUCCUCAAGACGAUCCCCAGAAUGCCCCAGAUAUUGGCUACAUAGUAGAAAACCCAACACUGGACCUGGAACAAUAUACUACUAGCUAUAGUGGAUUAAUGCGCAUCGAGAGACUGCAGUUCAUUGCUGAGCAUUGUCCUCAACUUCGUGUCGAGGCCCUGAAGAUGGCCCUCACCUUUGUCCAGAGAACAUUCAAUGUUGACACAUAUGAAGAGAUCCACCGCAAGCUUACAGAGUCUACAAGGGAUGUUCAGGGCGUGCCGGACACUGUUCCUGAUGGAGGAGUUGUACCUCCAUUGGACUCAGCCUGGGCAGAAUCUACAAGAAAAAAGGCUCUGCUCAAACUGGAGAAGCUGGAUACAGAUCUAAAGAACUAUAAAGGCAACUCAAUCAAAGAGAGCAUCAGAAGAGGCCACGAUGAUUUGGGGGAUCACUAUCUGGACUGUGGUGACCUCAGCAAUGCCCUAAAAUGCUACUCCCGUGCCAGAGAUUACUGCACCAGCGCUAAACAUGUUAUUAACAUGUGUCUGAAUGUCAUUAAGGUAAGUGUUUACCUCCAAAACUGGUCGCAUGUGCUGAGCUAUGUGAACAAGGCAGAAUCCACACCGGAAAUUGCAGAGCAAAGAGGGGAGCGAGACAGCCAGAAUCAAGCAGUCCUAACCAAAUUAAAGUGUUCUGCAGGACUGGCUGAAUUGGCCUCCAGAAAAUACAAACCAGCUGCUAAGUGCUUUCUUCAGGCGUCAUUCGACCACUGCGACUGUCCAGAGCUCUUGUCACCCAGUAACGUAGCUGUAUAUGGAGGCUUGUGUGCUUUGGCCAGUUUUGAUCGACAGGAACUUCAACGUAAUGUCAUCUCUAGCAGCUCCUUUAAGCUUUUUCUAGAAUUAGAACCUCAGAUCCGUGAUAUCAUCUUCAAGUUCUACGAGUCAAAGUACGCAUCCUGUCUCAAACUACUGGAUGAAAUAAAGGAUAACCUGCUGUUGGACAUGUACUUGGCACCGCACAUCAAAACUUUGUACAGUCAGAUCAGAAACAGAGCCCUAAUCCAGUAUUUCAGUCCCUACGUAUCAGCUGACAUGACAAAGAUGGCUCAGGCUUUCAAUACCACAGUAGCAGCUUUGGAAGAUGAACUUACCCAACUAAUACUUGAGGGCCUUGUCAACGCACGUAUUGACUCCCAUAGCAAGAUUCUAUAUGCGAGGGAUGUGGAUCAGAGGAGCACCACAUUUGAAAAAUCUCUCCACAUGGGAAAAGAGUUCCAGAGACGAGCAAAGGCUAUGAUCCUCCGUGCUGCUGUGCUUCGUAACCAGAUCCAUGUCAAGUCUCCACCAAGAGAAGGCAACCAGGGUGAGCUGACACCAGCCAACAGCCAGACCAGGAUGAGCACCAACAUGUGAGGAAGGAGGUUAAAAUCAUUUUGCAGAUUGGAGAAUGGUCAUUCUUUAUGUGAACCUUCCCCAUUCCACCUCUUCCCAUUAAAACAAUACAUAAGUAGGCUUAAAUUACAAGUUAUCUUUUCAAUCAAUAUGGAAAGUUAAAAAUUUGGUGUGAAUUGGAAAUUUGUUGUAAUCACUGUUCAAAAAUACUUAAGCAAAUCAGCUGUCAAUUAUUAGUGAGGGAAAUUUCUCUGGUCAUUUUUGAUGUAAAAUCUCAUCAGAAACUAUGUUUAAAAAUAAACCCAUAAAAAACUGA